AUGGCUGACCCUCGAAAACAAGAACAAGCAAAAGAGUCUCUGGUUGUCACUGCCAAAAAAUGGGGAGUUUACCUGCUUACGCUCCUAACAGAGAAUCCUGUUCCUCCAGCUCUUCUCGCUACGCUCAUCUUUGCACAGCAUGCCCGACCAUUUCAACCCCUUCCCAUGCUAUUUCCACCUUUGUUACUCUUUUCGACUUAUCUCAACUUGCAAGGCUUCAAGAUCGACAGCGCGGGAACGACAGCUGCGCUGAGUGGUACCUAUUUGGUUCUGGCUGGGAGGAGAAGAAUGGGUUUCAUGAAUAAAUUCGGCGCGAGGGGCAUCAUUCGAGGCGCCACAAUGGGAUUGUGUCUGGUGAAUUUGGUUGGUGGAAGUCUUGCCUAUGGGUUCGGAAAGAGAGCGGAGGAGGACGAGAAGAGGAAGCAGCUGUGA